AUGAUCAGAUUUGGCGCUCAAUCUUCAGCUCUCUCUUCAUUAGUUUGUGGAGCUUGGCUAACACAGCCUGAAACAGCCGCAUUGGAUCUGAAUGUACCUGGUCUCAAGCAUGUACUCGCGGAAUACAAAAUUGAACACGAAUCAAGCGCUCGGCGCAACGUCCUGGAGCAACUAUACAACAGCCUCAAGACAUGCGUGCAAGGACGGAGAGAAAAUUCGAAACAACCAAGCACUAGCAACAAGAAGUCGAAGCGAGCGGUGGAUAAGUGGACAAGUCGGAAGCGAUGUCGUGUUCAGAAGGAUAAUAAGAAACUACCCCCUCUGCGCACGCGCACAGUUUGGUUGGCCAAGAAGCAAGCUAAGAAAUCAAAACUCGAUACUUCCACGAACCCACCCAUCAGACGCUCAACCAGGAUUAGUGCAAAGGCACACGCAGAAGCAAACCAAGCACUUUGCAGCAAGGCACCGGCCAAAGCAGGAAAACACAUUAUUGACGGAAAUAAUCCGACCAUCCGCCACGACAAUGAUUACAGCAACAAACGAGCUCGCAUUUCAAACGCCCCUCCAGUGCGACCGCGACCAAAGUGGAUCAGGACGCGACGAUCAAAAUUUACUGUAACUCAAGUGUUGCAAGAAGAGCACCCAACCAGCGUUGGGAAUCCGGAAAUUUCGAAUUCGCUGCCUUUGAUUGAUUUCACGUGUAGUGUGCCCGUCAAACACACCGCAACCACAAACAAUGUAGCAUUGUGCCCCUCUCUCGACUCAAUUAGUUUUCCUUUGAUAGACUACAACAACAACAAUGACAUCUCGAUUCCUGAGCCAACCGCGCGGCUCAACCCCCUUCUUGAAAUGAUUCCUUUAUCUGAUUUUGGCGUUGGUCUAUUGGGACAAGAGCCACUAUUCUUGAGCGACCUCAGCAGCUUCCCCUUUUCUAGUGUUUCUAAAAACUCAGAAAGUUCAAAAGCCCCGUACCUGAACAAGUCCUCAGUGACCUGGAAGGGGUAUCCUCAUCACUGGUUCUGUUUGGAUUCCCUCACCAGUACACAGCACCUCAAGCCGGCUAUUGAGUUGCCCGCCCAGUCGAUCACCUCCCCAGAACCUGUCAGACCAGCUGCUGUUGUCCAAAUCAAAGAUCCUGUGUCAGAGACCGACCCAGUUGCACCAAAAUCGCCACCAGUUCCCAAAAAUUACACUCCCGCCGCUAGUAUCUUGCCUUCUUUGUCCGAAGUCAAAGAUUCCGCUUCAAAGGCCAUUGCUUCGGUAUUGGUUCUGCCACAAGCACCCAAAACUAACACUUCCGCAACCACAGAUUCUGUCUCAGAGGCCAAACAACUUGCUUCAGUAUUUGUUCCGCCACAAGUUCCCGAAAACAAUAUAUCUACUCACGAAGUUGAAGUGAUUGCUCAGCGAGUAGCAGCACCCUCACCAUUGCUAGAAAACCCUGUCAGCUCUCCGUCAUCGCCCGGAUUCUCCCAAUUAUCUGAAUCCUCUUUGGAAUACUUGCCUCCCAGUCCGACUGAUAACGCGUUCUUGCAGCCUGGUAGCACAUUUGAAUUAUCUGAUCCAGCUUCACCCAACCAAUUACCAGAAGUCGAAGUACCCUCAGCAUUGCUAGAAAACCCUGUCAACUCGGUCGCCACACCCCCGGAGCCUGUACCGCAGUCUUCUACAUCCAAUAUUUGUCUAGGCAACUCUUCUGCUGAACCAUCCUCAGCAAGCCGACCCUCAAUUCCUCCAUCCUUCAGGGACUUAGCUCCUUCCACACCCGCUCCAGACCAAUCAUUGGAAACAAAUCAUUGGAAAACACCAUUCAUCGCGAUCCCCAUAGGCACCCUUACAGCGACACCUGACCCAUUCAACAUGACACCGACUGGUAUGACCAUUUGCAAGAGAACCAAGAAACGCUUGGUAAUUGAAGACUCGGAUGAUGAUAGCAGGCCUAUACCUCCAGUUGUAGAUGUAUCUCGUGCCGCAAUUGCAUCUCCCACUAUAAACGCACCUCCGCCCGGACCUAUACCAGUAACUCUCGGUAUUAGCCUGCCGCCUGCUCCUGCCCCCAAUUCCACCGUGACCGCCGGAACCGCCACUUGUUCACACACAGUUGAUCUCAACAAGGAAGAAAAUGAGAUUCGUGAUUGGCCUGAUCCGGAUGGAAAGUUAACAGCAGCACAGAUUAGGCCCAUACUGGAGGCGAAUCACGUACAUUUUAAGUCUGCCGACCCUAAACUAGUAUUGCUCACGAAGUAUAAACUCCUGUUCGCCGACAAGCAACAAAACGCUCCCCGGUACAACCUCAGGCGGCCAGCUUCUGUCACUGCCAUCAAGAAACAAGUCACUGCAGAAGCGCAAGCGGUGGCUGAUCCCCAAACCAAUGUCAUUACAAAUGAUAUUAAUUUAAUUGACAUGCAUAAUUCCGACACAACUUCCAUACAACCACUCAAUCCUACCGUGGCUCAACCUACCCAGCUACCUCGACCAAUUUCUGUCAACUCUGCUUCCAGAUCCGAGCCUGUGCAAGAUCCAUUUUUGGCUUCCAGACUCGAGCCCGAGCAAGACCCAGCCAGACCCGAGCCCGUGCAAGACCCCGCCAGACCCGAGCCCGUGCAAGACCCAGCCAGACCCGAGCCCGUGCAAGACCCAGCCAGACCCGAGCCCGUGCAAGACCCAGCCAGACCCAAGCCCUUGCAAGAAUCAGUUUCUCACUGGGCUUCAGAUGUCUUGAUGUCCCACAGGGACGACAAAAACGUUGCUAGCUCUCAGCCUAAUCUCGAAGCUCUGGUUUCUUCACUCAACUCUUUCGCACGGACUUCAGUCCAAAUAGGAACCGCGUCGCUGAAUUCAAUCAGAAUGAUCGCCGAAGGCUUCACAAGCUUAAACAGUACUAUCGCAGGCUUGUCUCGUGAAGGUGUGUUUAACACCCAGGCCACACCAGCUUCAUCAACAAUCCCUGCAACCCGUGUUUCUGGCCGUUCUUGGUCUCGACCUAUAUCCGAUAAUAUGGACAUUGAUACCCCAACUACCCCAUCACAAGGAAGGGCCCCAAAUUGUGAAAUUCAAGAAUAUGUGCGGCAACAUUGUGCCACAAUGUUUGGCCGUUGUGCGGGUCAAUUUCCCCCUCCUGCCACUACAGAGGAGCGCCGCGCGUGGAUUAGACGAGGCUUCACAGAUUCGUCAGAUGAAGAGUCAGAAGAGGAAUCCGACUCCAGUCCCGAUUAUUCCCCCAUGGAUACGGACGAGGAUUUUGACCCCUGCUUCCCCUAUGGUGACGGGCCCGGAAAUUCAAGAGCAAGCCCGCAAGCCCUCAGAAUUAUAUGGCGUGCAAUGCGCAGAUCACGCGUGAAAUCUUUUCGGCCAGAUUUGUCCAAAGCAAUCAAUAGUCCUGCAAAUCGGUUCCUUUGGGAAUUAGCUAGGAGCACUUUUAUGCAAGUGGUCAGAAGUGGAGAAUAUGACCCACUAACUGAGGAGGUUUGUGACGAAGACAAUAUCAAAGACUACUUCACAACACACAUCCAGGGCCACCUCACGAGAACGUACCGUGAAAGGAAGAAGUUUUCACCAGAGGAAUUAGCUUCGCAGCAAAAGAAGAAGCGCAAAAGUACUCGCCUUGCAACAUUAAAACAAUGGCGUCUAGAGGAGGUAUUGUCUCGUCCAUCUUUGGUUGGUUUGGUUCCAAUCAUUGAACAGUGUUGCAGUGAUGACAAGACGGACAACAAGGCGGAUCCAUCUCUUGUACGCCGGGGAUUACCAAUGCGGGCCGUUGUUCACAAACUUCCUUGGCGAAGCCAACACGUAGAACGCAUUAUGAUUGCCUUAGAUCAAUUGAGGGCCCGCCAGAUUGAGUAUGCCCCCCAAAAACGCAAUUCUCCGCUGCCACGAGUACGGCGACGUCCCCAAAACCCCAAGAUUAGCAGUAUGUCUUACAAAGUAGGCCUCCCAAAUACCUUUUACGACAAAUCCUGGCUACUAUCCCUAUCAACCUACAAACUGUAA